UUUAUUCAUCAGCCGCAACCAACUGAUUAUAGCAUUUGCUACAACAAUUCCUUCCUUCCUUCAUUCCUUUCUUCAAAUAGCCUAAAAGAGAAAUGGGUGUCACCACUUAUACCCAAGAGUUCACCACCUCAGUAGCACCCAAUAAGAUGUUCAAGGCAUUGAUUCUUGACUCCCACAAUCUCAUCCCUAAGCUUCUCCCUCAAUCCAUCAAGAGCAUCGAGUACGUUCAAGGCAAUGGCGGUCCUGGAAGCAUCAAGCAAACCAACUUCCAUGAAGGGAGCCACAUGAAAUGCUUGAAGCAUAAGAUUGAUUCACUUGACAUCGAGAACUAUCAGUGCAAGUACACAAUGAUUGAAGGCGAUGCGUUGGGUGGCAAGCUAGAAUCUCUGUCUUAUGAGGUUAAGUUUGAGGCUACUGCUGAUGGCGGGAGCAAGGUAACAAGCACAACUUACUAUCAUGCUAAGGGUGACAUUGAGCUCAAAGUAGAGGAACUGACCGCCGGAAAGGACAAGGCCAUGGCCAUGGGAAUGUUCAAGGUUAUCGAAGAAUAUCUGCUCGCAAACCCAAAUGUCUAUGCUUGAACCAAAAUGUGUUCUUGUUUGAGUUAAUUCUCUAUUAUGUGUUUCUGUGUCGUGUUGAAGGUGUGAACAAAGCUUCUUUUAAGUUGUUUGAAGAGUUAUGUUCAGUUAGAGAAUAAGAACCCAAACUCUUGUAAUAUAAUGAUACAUAUUAUACAUAUGUAAUGCGU